AUGCAGAGAUAUCAACCACCUCAUGCUCGCCAGCGUCAGCGGAAUGGUCAAUCGCAAUAUCAGACUCGGGCCGAAGCACAGAAUGGACGGCAAGAUAUCAACGCAGAUAGUUAUGUUCGACCUGAUCGAGGACCAGGACCAAGAUCAGGAUCAGGGUCAUACUCUGAAGGAUACAACGAGAAUGUAAAUGCAAGAUUGAGUACACGGGAUGAUCGUUCAUAUACACAUAACAUACAGCAAAACGAUCAAUAUCGACAACAACGACCUAAUAGUUCUUCGUACUCCCGAUAUACGAUCAAUGAUCGACCUGGCCUUUCGACAUAUAAUUACACGUCCAAGAAAGACUGGUCAACUAUCCCUUCGAAGAAUACUUCGAAGAAUGAUGGGGUGUUCGCUUCCCCAGCAGGGGAUAUCAAACCUAUGAGAUUGAAUAAGAUCAAGAAAUUCGAUCUAGAUAGCAAUAAGGAUGAUGGGGAGUUUGAUUUCGAGUUGGUUCAGAGUGUUAGUAGAUCUGGAGGAGAUGGAAAAGAAGGGGAUAGGUUGAAAGAUUGGGAGAUCCAGGAGAAAUAUAGAGAAUUCAUUGAGAAGAAGAUCACAAAACAUCACUCGACAUUCAACACCACUUACCAUAAAGCUCCUAAACCAGAGGCGAAGGAUGAAAUUGAAAGUUUGGGUAGUAUCGUACUACUCUUCCGUAAAUUGAGAGAAGGCGUAGUUGCUUCAGGAAGGAUCGAUACAUUCGCUAUAGAGGUAUUCGAAUCAUCAGCGCGAUUCUCCAUCUUAGCCAACAACCGACCUCAAUUGAUAUCCUCGCUAAGUGGCCUGGUACCAGGGUUGUAUAAAGCUCUGAACAAUCGAUAUGACAACGGAAAAGUGAAUCCCAAUUCCGAGUCUGUCUAUCAUUCUCACUCUCAUUCUCAGAAUGGAGAGGAAGUCGAUCAACAGCUCAACAAUCUAUCGAUAUGCGAAGAAGAGAAAAAGAAAAAAGAUGGGAGGAAAGAAUUCAUCAUCUUGUUCUUACUUUAUCAACUGGUCAUCAUUGGUGAAAAUGAAUUUUGGUCAAAUUAUCAUCAACUUACCCAAUCAUCUAGAAAGAAGAAAUUGAAUAGACCCUUUGAUGACAUUACAAGCAAUAUCGAUGAUUUCAAGAAUUUCAAUCAGAUAGAACGAAAUGGUACUACAGAAUCACCCUUUGUUGCCCCAUCUUCAAUCGCUUUGGCGGUAAACAUCGCCCGAAUCAUAUCUCCAGAUCAAUUUGACCCUAUCAGGUAUUUUCAGCUAUUCAAUACCCAGACAACGGAGUACGAGAAGGUGAUUUUAUCAUGGGGAGAAGAUCGGAUACGUCAGAGAGCAUGGGAGGUACUGAAAAAGGCUUAUAUGGCAUGUUCAAUCGAAUGGGCUGUGAAGUUUUUGGGGUUGAAUGAAGGGGAGGUGGAAAGGUGGGUGGAGGAAAGGGGUGGGAAGGUUGAGGGAGGGUUGGUGAAGCUGCGUUGA